AUGUCGAACCGUACGUUUAAUUUGCUCUGGACAGGAGCGCAAAAGGAUCUCGAAAAGUUAGCCGUUAAUGACUUUGAGUAUCAGGCGAUUGAGGCACAGCAUGACCGUGGCGAAAUUCAGGGCCAAGUGUUUGAACUGUACCUUCGCUAUCUGGUGAUUUCGAAUCGCUUGGAAGAGAUCUACGAUCAGAUCGUACAGCCACAAAAAAGGAUUCUGAUCCGCAAGCUGCUGGACAACUGUCUCGGUCGGAUGCUGGAGCUAAAGCACGAUCUGGUCAUUAUUGACAUGACGGAGUUCAGCUACAACGACACGAUUGUCGAAAAGCUAAGCCUAACACCGCUCAGUAUGGAAGUUAACGUUCCGCGAUACUUUCGACGGGAACGUGAAGAGCAGCUAAAUGAACGGAAAAAGUUUAUGGACGAUAUUCUCAAGAAAAUCGGUGCCCUCGAUGAGGAGGUUGUGGAGGAGGAGUUGAGUGAACUGGAAGCGAUACGGAUCAUUCAAACGCACGAGCGAGCCCGGCAGGGUCGGCUUAGGGCUCAAUUUAUGAAGGAGUUGAAAAUAUUGAAGGAAAAAGGUAAACCGGACAGUAGUCGCGACAAAUCGACGACCGGGUUGAAUGCGGCAAUGAAAAUCCAGAAGGUGUGGCGUGGGUACGCUACCCGUCGCCAGACGCGCCGUAAGAAGAUGGAGGAGAUGAUACUGAUCGGAAUGGUACCGUCACCGGUUACAUCUGCCCGGACGGCAGUGGAUGAGUUGGAAGAUUUGAAGCAAUUUCGGUACAAACAGCAAAAAACGUUCCAGGACGAUUAUGAGCGUUCGUUGGUACGCGUGAAGGAGGAGAUUAGUGUGAAGCAGGGUGCCGCCAUGACGGAGGAUAUUGCCGACGAGAUUCGGACUUGGUUUAAGGAGUAUCAGAAGCGGACCGGACGGUUGCCAGACUUCCCAUCGGAGGAGGCAGGCGGGUCGAGACAUCUGCUAAGCCGCCAAGGAACGGAGAGCGAAAUGAGUCGCUCGUCGGUUCUAUCGUCCAGGGAAUCUAAGUUGAAGGGAAGCGGAAAAGAGAAGCUAGCUCAGAAGAAACCGGGCGAACUGUCACUCGAGGAGGGACUCGAUAAAGCAUUUAAACCGAUGCAAUCUUCCUUUCUGCCGGAGAUUAAGAGUGGCAUCGAGGAGUAUACGGAGAUUUGGAAGGGUAAGGAUGAGUCGCAAAAUCUACGCCAGACUUAUUACGACGAUAUGAUAUACGAGGAGAAGUAUGCCGAUGUGGAGGCAGAGCUGCGCAGAAUUGUGGAUGAGAUUAUGCGGCAGGAGUUGGAACUGUUGCAGAUCGCACUGGAGCGCGAUCGCGGUGGAAAGAAGCUGAAGAAAAGCAGCAAGAAAGCGCGCCGCAGUGGCAAGAAGGGAAAGAAAAAGAAGGACAAGGAUCUUACACCCGACCGGACGACGGAAUCGCUGUUCGAGGAGCUCGUCACGAACGGAAUCAUCAAGAAGUAUCCGGAAACGCCGAUCAAAGCGUACGUGGGAGAUUUAAGCUAUGCAGCGCGCAGUGCACUCAAUCCAUCGCCAGGCGAUGUGCGGCAGUUGAUCAAACAGUACUGCAUUCUACCGCUCGGUUCCGAAACCAUACGUAACUUUGGACCGUGCAUCAAAUCGUUGCUGAUCGCCGGUCCGAAGGGUUCCGGCAAGACGUCACUGGUACACGCGAUCUGUACCGAAACCGGUUCGGUGCUGUUUGAUAUCAGCCCGCCGAAUAUUGUGGGCAAGUACCCGGGCAAGUCGGGCCUCAUUAUGUUGAUGCAUCUGAUCUCGAAAGUGUCACGGUUGCUGCAACCGUCCGUGAUUUACUUCGGCGAUGCGGAGAAACCGUUCAUGAAGAAAAUUCCCAAGACGGAUCGUACGGAUCCGAAACGUUUGAAGAAGGAUUUACCAAAGUUGGUGAAGAAUAUACAGCCCGAGGACCGCAUCAUGCUGAUCGGCACAUCCGACUGUCCGUGGGAGGCGGACAUGAAGCUGAUGGUGCAAACGUACCAGCGCUUUAUCUAUAUACCUCGGCCAGACUAUGGCGCACUUUCGUACGCCUGGAAGGAACUGCUCAGUCACUACAGUGGCGUGCAUCGGCAGUUUGAUACGGGUGCAAUGGCAAAAAUAUCAGAUGGCUAUACGAUCGGAUCGGUGGUGCGUUGUAUACGGGAGGUGAUUACAUGCAAACGGAUGCUACAGCUAAGGGUGCAUCCAUUGACGCAUCUGGAACUGAUUAAUGCGCUGAGUGCCCUCGAACCGGUGUAUAAGGAGGAAGAGGAAGCGUUUCUGUAUUGGUGGUGCAAGACGCCUCUCGGCAGACGUCGCUCAAAACAAAUGGAGAAGGACCAUGAAGCUAUGAUGGAGAUGGAAAAUGUCCCUAAGAAAAAGAAAUAA